CUGACUCCUCGGGGUGGAGAAGCGCCGGGCUCCGGCUCCUCACGGCGGGGAGCGCAUCCGUCAGCCCUCGGCCGAGGGGCGGCGGCACGUCCCCGCGCGAGCCCAGGGUGGCAGAGGCUGGAGCAAAAGAAACAAAGUUCCCGGGGCUUCUCCGAGGCCGCUGUCCGGGUUGCCAGCGCGGCCUCCCCCUCCUCGCCAAGGCAAUGGCUUCCAAACUCCUGCGCGCGGUCAUCCUUGGGCCACCCGGCUCGGGCAAGGGCACCGUGUGCCAGAGGAUCGCCGAGAACUUUGGCUUCCAGCAUCUCUCCAGCGGCCACUUCUUGCGGGAGAACAUCAAGGCCAACACGGAAUCCUGUCCCCCAUCCGCAACGUUCCAGAGGCCGAGUUCUGAGUACCAGAUUGCACCUGGAAUUUUCUCUUGCAGCUAUUACCACAAAGUUGGCGAUAUGGCAAAGCAGUACAUAGAGAAAGGUCUUUUGGUCCCAGAUCACGUGAUCACACGCCUCAUGCUGUCGGAGCUGGAGAACAGGCGCGACCAGCACUGGCUACUGGAUGGUUUUCCUAGAACAUUAGUUCAGGCUGAAGCCUUGGACAAAUUAUGUGACCUGGAUCUAGUGAUCACUUUGAACAUUCCAUUUGAAACACUCAAAGAUCGUCUCAGCCGACGUUGGAUUCACCCUCCUAGUGGAAGGGUAUAUAACCUGGACUUCAACCCACCUCAUGUACAUGGGAUUGAUGACGUCACUGGUGAACCAUUGGUCCAGCAGGAGGACGACAAACCUGAAGCAGUUGCUGCCAGACUAAGACAGUACAAGGAUGUGGCAAAACCAGUCAUCGAAUUAUACAAGAGCCGAGGAGUGCUCCACCAGUUUUCGGGAACAGAGACUAACAAGAUCUGGCCCUACGUUUACACACUUUUCUCGAACAAGAUCACACCUAUUCAGUCCAAAGAAGCCUACUGAGCCUGCACAGUGGAAGAACCAGGAAGAUAUGGUCAUUCAAUUGUAUGUGUAGUAUUGGUGCCGUGUCCCAAUCAGCAGCUAGCUGAGAUAGCUUGCCGCAUCUUUUCUAGUUUAAAUGGUGAACUGAUAUGAAAACUAAUGAAUAGAGUUUAUGAAGAGGCUCUUCUUUGCCUUUUUAAAAGAGGGGUUACCUACACAUGUUUAAGAUGUCCCUGCACAUGUCUCAAGUCCUUCACAAGAAAGCAAGCAAGUAUGGGCUGGAUUUCAAGUGGUGUGUAACCCAAGCUCUAACUGAUUUUCGACAGCCAUGUUGUUGCCAUAGUAGCCUUUUCACUUGUGAUGGUGGUGGUCCCUGGUUCUCCCCAGCCCCCAGAGGCUGUUGAACCAUACCACCAGGAGGCCUAAGAAUGCCAAGGGCUGUAGCUACCCUUGUCCCAGGUUCUCUGGUAUGUGCCCUCCUGGUGACAAUGAGAUUGAGGCCAAUUGCUCUCGGUGGUUGCUUCUCUGGCCUUGAGUCACUGUCCACAAUUCAUUUCUUCUGUUCAGAAUGAUGCCUUCUCUCUGCAUCCAUACUCCAUAGACUCUCUCCCUUCCAGACAUCCUGGAAUGAAAGGAUUUGGCUUCUACUACUUUUGUUAGACAUCUGUUUUCUCCCUUCCUAGACUAUUAAAUAAUACAGAUUGUUACUGCUUUUUAUCCCUCUCAAAUUCCUUUCUAAGAGCUGAGAGCUAGGGGACCAUGUUGAAUCCCUUUAUGCACCGGGAACUGAGCUAUGUGGAGGUCUACUUAAACUGCUGGUCUGACUCUCAUGUGUUGACACCGCUCCUUUCUUUUACAGGCAAAAUAAAACCCUCAGAGUCUUUAGGGAACCCUCAAAAACUGGGAAAUAUUCACCUCCAUAAAUGUUUGAAGAUCAUAUGUUAUGUAUAGAAGUAAAUAAGACCAUAUGGAAUUACUGGACUAAAUGACUAGUUUAGCUUUUUAGUCAAGACAAAAAAAAUGUAUUUUGAAAAUGCUGCUAAAUAUUGAUGCUGACAGUGUUUUUCUCCUGUGAGUGACCGAAGCAUAUUGUAAACAGUUGGUGAAGGGAAUGGAGCCUGUGGGGUUGCAGGAAACGUUGCACUAGCCACGCCUACACUGAUGAUGACAGGUUUACGAUUAUGGGAUUUGACAAAGUCGUAAUUUUUUAUUCUAUUCCAAAGAUGCUUUCUAUAGGGUGGCCAUUAAGUCUAGAAAUAUAGAUCAUAGCAUUUUGUCAUUCAUUGAAAUGUAGUAUCAAUCAGCCAUUUAUUAAGGAUUUGCCUGGUUUCCAGACUUGGUGGCCAUCUUUUAUAAUUCUUGCUCUCCUCUGGGAAGGACAAUGAAAUUUAUUCCUGUUGCCUUAAAAAUAGAUACUCCUCUUCAUGCAUCAUGAUUGUCCCCAGGGAGGGUCCUUUACUGUUCCUGGGAGUGACUUCUGUCCUACUCUCUACUGGUGAGAAAACAAAAGAAGCCUAUUUCAGCAGGGGUUGUGUUGAAACAUAUUUAUUUUCUGAAGAUGUCGCAGUGACUGCCCUGUCGAUUCACUGACCCAUGGAUUCUGUAUGGUAGCCAUACACCUUCCUUACAAAAACUGCUCCCACUCUUUCCAGUCCUUCUUUGUCCCUUCAUGUGAAUGUGCUUUGGCUACCUUAGUGGCAACACAGACCAGCUUCCUCCUUAUACUCUGAAUCAAAUCGAAAAAAGAUUAUUUACUUUUUAGGUUUAUGCAAUUAAAAUGCCUGGUUCAGGUAUAUAAAACAUCAGUGCAUGAUAGUGACUUUUUGGAAGAGUCGUGUUUGAAUGCCAGUUGAUGGGGAUAAGGUGAAAAUCAGACAUACAGAUAUAGCUCAGGUUUCCUGGGGAACCAGGCAUAGAGAAAAAUAAGUCUGAUAUGAGGAAAAUUGCACAAUUUAGAGUAGUUCUGCCAUGGAGACAAUUUCCACAAAGUGGGAAAAGUAGAACGUUAUUAUGUGAAUCAUUCAGAAGAGGAAAUUGUGUGUUUUUCUGGAAGCAGAAAAAUCUUCAAACCUCUUUCUUCACUUCUCUUGAUAUUUAGCAGAUGCUCCCUGUAAUCACUGGCUUUGGAGUUUUGGGAAGAGGUGUGGGAAGUGGCCCAGGGGACCCCUGACUCCAUACUCUGCUGCUCCAUCCUUCCCUCCUUUCUCCCUUCCAGCAAAAUAGACACUUAGAGCCAGUGUCAGAGUGAUUCAGUCUGUCUCAACAAUGUUUGCUGUUUCUGAGGUUGCCCUGCUAUUUGAGGGCAAUCGCCUUUGCUAGGUGAGACCAAUAAAAGCCAAACACUGUUUCCGUGGGCUUUGAAAGAUGAUGCUUGUUUCAUGUUCAGUGGCCUAAAAAUGUUUCUGGUUUUCUUCAACAAAGUCUAGUUUUUCGUUCAAUGAUUUUGUAAAAAAAAAUAAAAUUUUCUUGAAAAUAUUUUGACAAAGGUGAAAUUAAAGAGAUAUCUUUCUUUAGUUUUCCUUCUACUGCCACACGUGAGGUUCCAUCACAGUUAGGCAAAAAGCGUAGUGUAGGUGGUUUCUAAGAUUCCUACCCAUCCCCACCGUCUGUGAUUCUGCCUGGCUCUGUGUUCAUUUGGCCUUACACUAUGCUGACUGGCUUCCUGCUUAUUUGGAACUUGAAAACAUUGCUGUGUUUAAAAACACUCUAACACUAAAGCAAGCAUAUAAUAGGUACCAUUUAUUGAAGGCCUACUGAGUGCUAUGUACAGUUUUAGGACCUUUACAAACAUCUCGUUUAAUCUUUCCAGCAUCCUUCGAGAUAGGCACGAUUCCAUGUUUAUAAACAAAGAAGGCGAGGGUCAGAAAAGUAAAGCAUCUUGCCGUGACGCCUGCUGUCCAUGCACAGUGUAGACAGGACUCAAACCUAGGUUUUCCUGACUCUGCUCCUGGAUGUUAACUACCUGUGUCCUGUCUUAAGCAACGCAGGGUGCUGAGCUGCUUGGUUUUGCUUAUAUUUCCAAGUGGCCUCACAUCAAAAAUAGCGGAGUUCAUUGGUGACAUUCAGCUCUGUAUGAAACUGUUCCUUUUUUUUUUUCUUCCUCCUUUUGCUUAAGCAAAGGAAGCUGCUAGAGGAGAGUCUGAGCCCUUGAUCCUCCAUAACUACUCAUUUAUAAAUAAAAUGAAAGGCUGUCAAAGUAGACCUGGCUUGGGUCCAGGCUAAUCUGUGGCAGAGUCAAGCUCAUGGUCCUCACAUACCCUUUCAGUAUCCGUGGUAUCGUGACCCUGAAGGGACCUUCAUGCUUGAGCCACCCCAGCCAUGGUGCUCCUGCGAGUUCUCCAGACGCUACUCACUUUGCUUCCCUGACAUCAGGACAAAUCCCUCCCUCACUCCCACCCCCAGACAAGGCCUUGAUGGUAACUGAGCUUCCCUAAAGGGAUAGCAGGUGAACAAGUGGUGAUUGAGCCCUUAUUACAGGGUCAUCCUUGACUUUCAUACCAUCUUCCCCGUGUGACGUUACACAUUAACAUGAUCCUGAAUGGCAAACCUACCCCUUUGCCUGCCCUCUGAUGUGGUGGCACUGCUUCUCGUGCACAGCUCUGACAGAAAUGGGAUAUUGGCUUCCUGUCUCACCCUCCUUCCCCAGGGGCAUCCCUGGCACCCUCUAGCAGCCCGGCUUCACCCAGGGUAUGCCCCUCUCUUUGGUUGGGAAGGGGAAAAGGUAAGAAUAGGCAUAGGUGCGAAGGCUUCUUGGGAGAGAGUGAUGCUGUGGCCUUUCCUGCCAUUUUUAGGUUGUUGACAGGAUAAAUUUAGAUAGGAUGGUGCCUAUAUAAACCUGUAAAUAGGGUUUUUAUAAAAUUUAGGUCACUGGAAACUGAGUUCAAUAUCUGACUUUGCCUGUUUGUGAAAAGAGGUUUUACCAUCUGCUGGGGGGGUGGGGGUACCUGCUCAAAUAAAAAAGACAGCAGAUUUCCAGACAUGUUAUGGUGUCAGCAUAUUCUUGGUAGUUACUUUUUAUUGGUACUUGGUGCUAAGUGCACUACAUCCAUUGUCUAAUGAAAUCCUCCACAAUUACCGUUAUGUAAUAGUAUUAUCUCAAUGAUGUUGCCUCCUUGUAUUUAAAAACGGAAAUAAUCCUAUUUACUUAACCUCUUCCUAUACCUCUAGGGAUUAAUCAGAAGUUUCAAAAAGGCCUUUUUUGUACGUGUCUCUAGUUUGAGCGCCCUAUUCUCAUGAAUAGGUAAAACAGUGUAUUUGCUGCCACCUGGAAUCCUUGCUUUUGACGCUGGUGCUGAGACAGGAAGUGGACACUGCAGGGGUCCUGGUGGUAGUUGCACACUGUGUACACAGAGGGCGUGUGUCUCAUCUGUAGUCGGCUGGGUCACGGGAUCUUGGGAGGCAUUCUUAUCUACCUGAUGAGAAUGGGAUCUUGGGAGGAGAACGGGAUCUUGGGAGGCAUUCUUAUCUACCUGAUGAAUUUCAUUUCUUUUCAUUUAAUAGACAGUAUCUUUUCUUGCUGCAGUAAUUUUACCAGAAAGGCAAUUCGUCAGACAGCGUUGUUUUCGUAGAAUGAAUUGCUUUCUCUCUGUUCCCCUCCAUUUUCAGUACCCCUUGUCUGUUUGGUGUUUCAAAAGAACCCAGUAGCAGAGACUUCUUUUAAUACGGAAAUGCGGUUAUCAUCCCUUUCCAUAAAUAACUGACCCAGUCUCCUUUUCCAGAGGAGAAAUGUGCAAGACCCAGGUGUCGGGGAACCUUGAAGCUGUAUUUCAACUAUGUGGGAAAAACGUGCUUCCUGCAUCUGUUGAGACAUAAUUACAAUUGUGGAUAAAUGUGUACUUUUUCUUUAACAAAUUGCACAAUUCUUGCCAAAAUAAAUGACAUUAUCUGUGUGCUUCAGGAAAUUCCCUAAAUUGUUGUGCAUGCAUGAGUGUGCGUUGUGUGUGCGUGUGUGUUUGAGAGAGAAUAUUCAUUCCUUCUUUGGUGAUAAAUUAGGCUAUUCCAGAAAGCACAGUGUCAUUCUUGAAAUAAAAGAUUUCCUGUUUAAACACAUGUCAAAAGAGCAGUGCACCUUAAAGAUUCUCCCUGGGGUUAUUAAUGUGUAUCUAACUUCAUUUCAUAAAAUCUUUCUUUUCUUCAUUUUAAAGCUUUGAAUAUAAAGUCAGAAAUGUGCUAAAUAAAAACAAUGUUUUGUGUUUAAUUUAGAGAAGAAUAAAGGGAAGAAAACAGAAACUCAGUCUUUUGUAAGCUCCAGGGUGUCAGGGCUCAGAGGGCUUUUCUAGUUUUAUGAGAAUUUGUACUACUGAUUUUUAUAUGUUCAUGUUUUUGAGGUGAAUAGGUCUCGGGAAAUUGUUGAGUUACAAUGGCAUUUCACUGUGAUUCCUCUUGAACUUAAAUCAGUUCUCUAACCUAAUGACAACUUGUCUCUGGUUUACUGUCCUGUGAAAUGUCAGCUGCGUUUUCCCAGAAGUCGUGCGUUUACCAUGAGUCAGUGCUUUUCCUCUGUGAAAGUUGUCGGCCCUCUUGAUUUUGGUGUAUGUGCUUAAUUCAGAGAUUCUAAACCUUGUAGUCUAAUCUGUACAUGCUCUCUUAACUGUUAAUUGUGUUAUUGAUGAUUUUAUCUUGCUUGAAGAUUGAUUCAGAAUUUUUAAUUUGAUAGAAAUAAAGUUUUUUUUUUCUGCUU